AUGCUGAUUUUAUUCGGUAUCAUCAUCGCUAGUAUAAGUAUUUUUAUACUUUUUCUGUAUUAUUCUUUAGAUAAGAAAAUAAGUUAUAAAGAUUUAAAUAGAAAGCACGUCGUGAUUACCGGUGGAUCAAGUGGAAUCGGAAAAGCGGUUGCAAUAGAGGCAGCUGAAUUAGGUGCAAGUGUUACAAUUAUUGGCCGUGAUAAAAAUAAACUUCAAUCAGUUGUCGACGAGAUAAAAAGCCGGCACACUAUUCAUUCCUACCAAAAAAUUCAAUAUGCGUCGUUGGAUGUCACUUCUGACUAUAAAUCUAUAGAAAAGUGUUUCACUGAACUUGAAGAAUACAUAGGCCCCAUAUUUAUGCUAAUCAAUUGUGCUGGUAUGUGCAUAUGUGGUCAAUUUGAGAAUAUGAAUGUAGAUGAUAUAAAGCAAAUGAUUGACUUGAAUUACUUUGGUACUGCAUACCCCACACGUUACGUUUUACCAGGGAUGAAGAAACGAAAUGAGGGAAUAAUUGUUUUUGUUUCAACAGAAGCAGCUUUGUUUGGUAUCUAUGGCUACAGUGCCUAUGGUGCUGCUAAAUGGGCUGUUCGUGGAUUAGCUGAGUCCGUGUUCAUGGAAUUAGUAGGCACAAAUGUUAGGCUUACUUUAGCCUUUCCGCCUGAUACUGACACCCCUGGCUUUAAACAAGAAGAACUAACAAAACCUAAGGAAACCAAACUGAUAUCUGGUUCAGGUGGCUUGCAUUCACCUACCACAGUUGGGAAAAAAAUGAUUGCAGAUGCAAUGAAAGGAAAAUCAUACUCUGUUUUUGGAUUAACCGGACAUAUUUUGUCAUUGAUGUAUUGCGGGACAAUAGACAGUAUCAGUCAAGUGUUAUUGCAAAUAGUAACACUAGGUUUUAUAAGGGCUAUCAUCAUUUUAAUUGUUCUGUCGUUUCACAAAAUUGUUAGGGAUGGCCUUAAAGAAAAAGCCUCUAAGAAACAUUCAGAAAAAGAUGAUUGA